AUGGGCAAAAGCGGGUCUGGAAAGACAUCUAUGCGUUCUAUUAUCUUUAGUAAUUAUAUUGCUCGAGAUACGAGAAGACUUGGAGCAACAAUUGAUGUUGAACAUUCAAAUGUAAAGUUCUUGGGUAAUCUCGUUUUAAAUUUGUGGGAUUGUGGAGGUCAAGAAGCGUUCAUGGAAAAUUAUUUUGCAUCGCAAAGAGAUAGAAUUUUUAAGAAUGUUGAAGUCCUUAUCUAUGUAUUUGAUGUUGAAAGUAGAGAUUGGGAAAAAGAUUUACAUUAUUAUCAAUCUUGUUUGGAAGCUAUUCUUGCUAAUUCAAAGGAAGCUCGUAUUUUUUGUUUAAUACACAAAAUGGAUCUUAUACCAGAACACCAAAGAGAUCAAAUCUUUGAACAAAGAGUAACUGAACUUCAAAAACGAUCUGAGCCAUUGACAAUUCAAGCAUUUCAAACAUCAAUCUGGGAUGAAACAUUGUACGCUGCUUGGUCUAAAAUUGUUCAUUGUUUGAUUCCAAAUAUUCGUGUAUUGGAAUCUCACUUGGAUAAUUUUUGUCGAAUUUGUGAUGCAGAUGAAGUUGUAUUAUUUGAAAGGACGACAUUUUUAGUUAUAGCUACAGCUGCCACUAUUUCACAUCAAGAUCACCAUCGAUUUGAAAAGAUUAAAUCAGCAGCAACUUUACUUAAUAUUGAAGCAGCUAAAAAGCAUUUCAAGAAAUUGGAAGCAUCAAGAUAA